AAUUAACGUUUGAUAAAGAGAGAAAGAAAGAAAGAGCGGAGCAGAAAGAAAGAAGACUUAUAAUAACGCGAGAAACAAGGCGCGGAGUGGCCGUCCAAAAUCAAGCACGCCCCUGAGACACAACAAGAAAGAGAAAGAAAAACUUUGCCAUUUUUUUCCUUCUUCUUCUUCUUUCCUUCUUCGUCUUCCCCCUUUAGGGCACAAAAAUAUCAAAUAUUUGUAAAACUUCAUACAUAUAUAUAUAUAUAUAUGUUCAAAGCAGCAAACAAGGUAGAUCACUAUAAUUACAAUUUAGUUCGUCUACUAAACUAUCAUUUAAUUAAAUAGAUCCAUCCCUGCUGCUUUGAAUCAAUCAAUCACCGAUCACAUUUUCUGUAUGUUAUCCGGUUGAGCUAAGGAGAUCUAUCAAUCUAGAAGGUUCUUCCUGGAUCUGUGGAACGACGACGUAUUGGUAUUGGUAUGAUAGAGGUAUUACAGGUUUAAGGGAAAUCUGUUAAGGGAAAAGAAGGAUGAAAUGGACAACAUUGUUUAAAGACUUCAAAGAAAAAGUCGGGUUCCCAGCACAGUCACCUUCUUCAGCUACAACAUCAUCACCUUCAUCACCAACCUCUUCUCCUUUUCGUGAUAGCAAUAAUGCUUCUUUUCCCAUCCAUGACUUCACCUACUCCCCUUCCAGUGACAAACAUGAACUGGAGUUGGACUUUAAGAGAUAUUGGGAAGAGUUCCGCUCCUCAAGCUCGGAAAAGGAGAAGGAAAAGGCCUUGAACUUGACUGUUGAUGUUUUCUGUAGAUUAGUGAAGCAACAGGCUAAUGUAGCACAGUUGAUUACUAUGUUAGUAGAGACACACAUAUUUUCCUUUGUUGUUGGAAGAGCUUUUGUAACAGAUAUUGAAAAGUUGAAACUUAGUAGCAAAAUAAGAUCUUUGGAAGUUGAAAGAGUGUUAAACUUUUUCUCUGAAGUUACCAAGGAUGGCAUCCGGCCUGGAGCAAAUCUGUUGUAUGCGAUUGAGGUCCUUGUCUCUGGUCUCGUCGACAAACAAUCUCUCCUUGAUUCUGGAAUCUUGUGCUGUCUCAUUCAUAUUCUCAACUCUCUUCUGGGUCCUAAUGAGGGAUAUCUGAGACAAAAAGUUAGUAAUGAUGAGGAGCUGGUACUGACAGAGGAAAAUCAGGAUAACGUGGAAUCGAGCCGCCGGCUUGAGGUUGAGGGAAGUGUGGUACAUAUUAUGAAGGCAUUGGCCGCCCACCCUUCUGCUGCACAAAGUCUGAUAGAAGACAACUCCCUCAUGUUACUUUUUCAAAUGGUUGCGGAUGGUUCUUUAGUUGCUUUUUCUCAGUAUAAGGAAGGCCUCGUGCCACUGCAUACCAUUCAGCUGCACAGACAUGCUAUGCAGAUACUUGGUCUUCUUCUGGGUAAUGACAACGGUAGCACUGCCAAGUAUAUUCGGAAGCAUCAUUUGAUAAAAGUUCUACUCUUGGCUGUUAAGGAUUUUAACCCUGAUUGUGGAGAUUCUGCCUAUACGAUGAGCAUUGUGGACUUGCUUCUUGAGUGUGUUGAAUUGUCGUAUAGGCCAGAGGCUGGUGGUAUCAGACUUAGGGAGGAUAUCCAUAAUGCUCACGGUUAUCAGUUCUUGGUUCAAUUUGCUUUAAUUCUUGCAAAGGGUCAAGAUGGUCACAAUUCCCAUUUUAAGUUCCUAGCUGAUCAAGGAGUUACUUCAGAUUCUCCGCAUUUGGCUAAUCAUGUGGGUAAAAGCGAUUUGGAGGAAAAAGGAGGGGAAGCUUCAUCACAAGAUGUGUCCCCUACACUUUCUAGGUUACUUGAUGUACUUGUUAAUCUUGCUCAAACUGGCCCUUCUGCCGCAUCUGGCUUAAAAGCUUCAAAAGUUUCUCAUGUUAAGCCUAGUGGGCAUGGCAGAAGUCGUACGUCAUCAUCUGACAGGAUCGUUGAUGAUGUCUGGGAUAAGGAUAAUGACAAAGUUAAAGACCUGGAAGCUGUUCAGAUGUUGCAAGACAUUUUUCUGAAGGCUGAUAGCAGGAUGCUGCAGGGUGAAGUACUCAACAGGAUGUUUAAAAUAUUCUCAAGCCAUCUUGACAAUUACAAGCUUUGUCAGCAGUUACGGACUGUGCCUCUAUUGAUCCUUAACAUGGCUGGCUUUCCACCAUCCUUGCGGGAGAUAAUUUUGAAGAUACUUGAAUAUGCAGUGACUGUUGUAAAUUGCAUACCUGAGCAAGAGUUGCUUUCACUUUGUUGUUUGUUGCAGCAACCAAUAACACCCGAUUUGAAGCAUACAAUUUUGUCUUUCUUUGUAAAGCUCUUAUCCUUCGAUCGACAAUACAAGAAAGUUCUAAGGGAAGUUGGUGUAUUGGAGGUUCUGCUGGAGGAUCUGAAACAGCACAAGUUUCUUUGUGGUUCGGAGCAGCAUGCCAAUGACCCCAAUCAUUUAGAGAGGAAAUCGAGUUCGAGUUCAAGCAGCUUUAAGAAACACUUAGACAGUAAGAAUGCUAUACUUUCUUCACCGAAGCUAGCGGAAUCCGAUUCAGGGACGUUCCGUCUUUUUGAAGUUGAAGACACAGUAGGAGUUGCCUGGGACUGUAUGGUCUCAUUGUUGAAGAAAGCAGAAGUAAAUCAAGCAUCAUUCCGAUCAGCUAGUGGGUUGACUAUUAUACUCCCUCUCUUGGCAUCUGACAUUCAUCGUCCAGGUGUCCUUAGGGUGCUGUCAUGCUUAAUUAUUGAGGAUGUUGCACAGGCCCAUCCGGAGGAGUUAGGAGCACUGGUUGACAUUUCAAAAAGUGGGAUGAUUACAAGUGCUUUGGGAACUCAUUACACACUUCAUAAUGAUGCUAAAUGUGACACUUUUGGUGCUUUAUGGCGCAUCCUAGGAGUUAAUAGUUCAGCUCAGAGGGUCUUUGGUGAAGCGACUGGGUUCUCUCUUUUAUUGACCACACUUCAUGGUUUCCAAAGUGAUGGAGAACCUGCACAUCAGUCAGAUUUGACAAUUUACUUUAAAGUGUUCACAUACUUGUUGCGUCUAAUGACAGCAGCUGUUUGUGAUAACACUAUUAACAGGACAAAGUUGCAUGCAGUCAUAUCUUCUCAGACAUUCUAUGAUCUUCUGUCUGAAUCUGGUUUGAUAAGUGUUGAUUGUGAACGGCAAGUUGUACAGUUAUUGUUGGAGCUUGCUCUUGAGAUAGUGCUUCCUCCCUUCAUGAUGUCAGAGGGUGCCACGUUAGCUAAUGCCUCCGACGAGGAAACAACUGGAUUUAUUCUGGUUACCCCAUCUGGUACUUUUGUUCCUGAAAUGGAACGUGUCUAUAAUGCUGGUGCUGUUAGGGUGCUCUUGCGUGCUUUGUUGCUGUUUACUCCGAAGCUGCAAUUAGAGGUACUAAACCUUGUUGAUAAGCUCGCUCGUGCUAGCGCCUAUAACCAGGAAAACCUUACAUCUGUAGGUUGCGUGGAACUUCUACUUGAAACAAUCUACCCCUUCCUGUCGGGGUCAUCGCUAUUACUUUCUCACGCUUUGAAAAUCAUCGAAGUUCUUGGGGCAUACAGGUUAUCUGCAUCUGAACUUCGAGUGCUUGUUAGAUACAUUCUGCAGAUGCGACUGGCCACUUCUGGUCGUUAUCUAGUUGAUAUGAUGGAAAGGUUGAUUCUUACAGAGGAUAUGGCCUCAGAAGAUGUGUCCCUAGCACCUUUUGUUGAGAUGAACAUGAGCAAGGUUGGGAGUGCUUCAAUCCAAGUGCCCUUGGGAGAAAGAUCUUGGCCACCUGCUGCUGGUUAUUCUUUUGUUUGUUGGUUUCAAUUCCGAAAUUUAUUCAAAUCACAGGCAAAGGAGAAUGAUACUUCAAAAACUGGAUACACUAAGGGGCAAGGUGUAGGUGGGCAGCAUCAUGGGCCACAUGUCCUGAGGAUAUUUUCUGUUGGAGCAGUAGACAGUUCAAGCACUUUCUAUGCUGAACUUCGUCUUCAGGAGGAUGGUGUUCUCACCCUUGCAACUAGCAAUUCUUCCUCUUUGUCAUUUUCAGGGUUAGAAAUGGAGGAAGGGAGGUGGCAUCACCUCGCUGUAGUGCAUAGCAAACCAAAUGCGCUGGCUGGCCUCUUUCAGUCUAGCUUUGCUUAUGUCUACCUCAAUGGAAAGUUAAGACACACGGGUAGGUUAGGAUAUUCUCCUUCUCCAGCUGGCAAGUCUUUGCAGGUGAUUGUUGGUACCCCGGUUGCUUGCGCACGGAUUAGUGAAUUGUCAUGGAAGCUUAGGUCUUGCUAUCUUUUUGAAGAAGUUCUAUCCCCUGGUUCAAUCUGCUUUAUGUAUAUUCUUGGACGAGGGUAUAGGGGUCUCUUCCAGGACACAGAUUUGCUGCAAUUUGUUCCUAAUCAGGCCUGUGGUGGUGGCAGCAUGGCAAUUCUAGAUACUUUGGAUGCUGACUUCCCUCUGUCUUCCAACCCACAAAAGUCAGAUAAUGCAGGAAAGCCAGGGAGUGUUCAGUGUGACCGGAGUGGAUUUGUUUGGGAUUUGGACAAAUUAGGGAACCUCUCCCUUCAACUUUCUGGUAAGAAGCUUAUUUUUGCAUUUGAUGGGACAAGUACAGAGUUACUUCGAGCUUCUGGAACAUUUUCUGUCCUCAAUCUGGUUGAUCCAAUGUCAGCUGCUGCUUCUCCAAUUGGAGGUAUACCACGCUUUGGGCGACUCAUUGGGGAUAUCUAUAUUUGCAAGCAUUGUGUUAUCGGCGAGACAAUCCGCCCUAUUGGUGGCAUGGCUGUUAUUCUAGCUCUUGUAGAAGCAGCUGAAACGAGGGACAUGCUGCACAUGGCUCUGACAUUACUUGCCUGUGCUCUUCAUCAAAAUCCACAGAAUGUUAGAGACAUGCAGAACUAUAGGGGAUACCAUUUGCUUGCUCUCUUUUUGCACCGGCGAAUGCCAUUAUUUGACAUGCAAUCGCUUGAAAUCUUUUUCCAGAUUGCCGCAUGUGAGGCCUCUUUCUCUGAACCAAAGAAGUUAUAUAGUUCCCAGAAGACACUGCCACCUGCCACGCCUGUCAAUGAGGGAAGCAUUGAAGACCUUACUUUGUCCAAAUUCCGGGAAGAAUUUUCUUCAGUUGGAUCUCAUGGAGACAUGGAUGAUUUUUCUGCACCUAAAGAUUCCUUGAGUCAUAUUUCUGAGCUUGAAAAUACUGAAAUGCCAACUGAAACAUCUAAUUGCAUUGUUCUUUCAAACGCUGAUAUGGUUGAGCAUGUUUUGUUGGACUGGACUGUUUGGGUAACGGCCCCAAUUCCAAUACAGAUUGCUUUAUUGGGAUUCCUUGAGCAUCUGGUUUCAAUGCAUUGGUAUAGGAAUCAUAAUCUGACAAUUCUGCGCAGAAUUAACCUUGUUCAACAUUUACUUGUAACUUUACAAAGAGGUGAUGUGGAAGUACCGGUGCUAGAAAAACUAGUUGUAUUGUUAGGUGUCAUAUUGGAAGAUGGAUUCUUACCCUCUGAACUGGAGCAAGUGGUUAGAUUUGUGAUCAUGACAUUUGAUCCACCAGAGUUAGCAUCACGCCAUCAAAUUAUGAGAGAAUCUAUGGGGAAGCAUGUUAUUGUAAGGAACAUGUUGCUUGAGAUGCUGAUUGAUCUGCAAGUGACAAUAAGAGCAGAGGAUUUGCUUGAGCAGUGGCACAAAAUUGUUUCAUCAAAAUUAAUAACUUAUUUUCUUGACGAAGCUGUACAUCCUACAAGUAUGAGGUGGGUCAUGACUCUUCUUGGCGUGUGCCUUGUGUCUUCUCCAACAUUUGCACUUAAAUUUCGCUCGAGUGGAGGCUAUCAAGGUUUGGCAAGAGUUCUUCCAAGUUUCUAUGACUCCCCUGAUAUAUACUAUAUCCUGUUUUGUCUUAUUUUUGGCAAGCCUGUAUACCCAAGACUGCCUGAAGUUCGGAUGCUGGACUUUCAUGCCCUAAUGCCAAGUGAUGGCGUUUAUGGAGAUUUGAAAUUUACUGAGCUGUUGGAAUCUGUGAUUGCUAUGGCAAAGGCUACUUUUGAUAGGUUGUCUAUGCAGUCAAUGCUUGCCCAUCAAACUGGCAACCUUUCCCAGAUCAGUGCUGGAUUUGUAGCAGAGCUGGCAGACGACAAUACUGAUAUAGCUGGAGAGCUUCAGGGUGAAGCUCUUAUGCACAAAACUUAUGCGGCACGCCUGAUGGGUGGCGAGGCUUCAGCGCCUGCUGCUGCUACCUCUGUUCUUAGGUUCAUGGUUGAUCUUGCGAAAAUGUGUCUUUCUUUCUCAGCUGUUUGCCGAAGAGCAGAAUUUCUUGAAAGUUGCAUCGACCUUUAUUUUUCGUGUGUCAGGGCUGCACAAGCUGUGAAAAUGGCUAAAAACCUAUCUGUAACAGUGGAAGAGAAGAACUUAAAUGAUGGGGAUGAAACCAGCAGCUCCCAAAAUACUUUCUCUAGUUUGCCUCAUGAACAGGAACAGUCAGCCAAGACUUCUAUAAGUAUGGGAAGCUUCCCUCAGGGACAGAAUAGUACAAGUUCUGAAGAUAUGCUGGUGAUGCCGAACAAUGUAGGUACGACAGAUAUUGAUGUUACUCCAUCCCAGCCAGGUUUUCACAAAGCAGUACAGGAAGAAGCACAAGCUGUUGCAACAAAAAACAAUGACGUCGUUGACCAUGUGUCUGCUGUAACAUCCAGCAGCAAUCAUUUAAGCUUCCACGAUAUGAAAAGCACAGUAGAUCCUGUCCAGCAAGCUGAUUCACUGAGUUCAGCGUCCUUUAAUAUGUUUGAAUCUCCUAUAUUGUCGGAGAGAUCCUACUCUCGAACUCCGCAUACCUCAACACCCCUGUUGGAGUCUGUUGCAUCUAUCAGUGAAUUAGAUUCCUCUCCUGAGAUGAAAUCUGCUUCUCAAGGACAAUCUGCUGCAAACACAAUGUUUAUGAUUGGUUCAAAUUUGCUUCUUGAGGUGGACGACUGUGGGUAUGGUGGAGGGCCAUGCUCCGCUGGAGCUACAGCUGUUCUUGAUUUUAUGGCGGAAGUUCUGUCUGGUUUGGUAACUGAACAAGUGAAGGCGGUACCUGUCAUCGAGGGUAUUUUGGAGAGUGCUCCUUUGUAUGUUGAUGCUGAAUCUGUUUUGGUAUUUCAAGGACUAUGCCUCAGUAGACUACUGAACUUCCUCGAAAGGCGUCUUUUGAGGGAUGAUGAGGAAGAUGAGAAAAAGUUGGAUAAGGGUCGUUGGUCCCUUAACUUGGAAGCACUAUGCUGGCUGAUAGUGGACAGAGUUUAUAUGGGUGCUUUUCCUCGGCCUGCUGAUGUAUUGAAGACUCUGGAGUUUUUGUUAUCUAUGCUACAGUUGGCAAAUAAGGAUGGGCGUGUUGAAGAAGCUGCUCCAACUGGGAAAGGGAUCCUGUCCAUUGGUAGAGGAAGUAGGCAACUCGAUGCUUAUGUACAUGCGAUUCUGAAGAACACCAACAGAAUGAUUUUGUUCUCCUUCCUCCCCUUGUUCUUGACAACCAUCGGAGAAGAUGAACUACUUUCUUCUUUAGGUUUGCAAGUGGAGCCAAAGAAAAGAGUGCCCUUGAACCUAUCCUCGGAGGAUAGCGGAAUUGAUGUUUGCACGGUGUUACAGUUGCUAGUCGCUAAUAGAAGGAUAAUAUUUUGUCCCAGCAACAUGGACACAGAUUUAAAUUGCUGUCUUUGCAUAAAUCUAAUUUCUCUUCUUCGCGAUCAUAGACGUCAGGCACAGAACAUGGCUAUUGAUAUUCUCAAGUAUCUCCUGGUACACCGAAGGGCCGCAUUUGAAGACUUUCUUGUCUCUAAACCGAAUCAAGGACCUCCUUUGGAUGUUCUUCAUGGUGGUUUUGACAAGCUCCUAACGGGAAACUUGCCUGCAUUUUUUGAGUGGCUUCAUAGUUCUGAACAUGAAGUCAGUAAAGUGUUGGAACAGUGUGCUGCCAUUAUGUGGGUUCAGUAUAUUACUGGGUCAGCUAAGUUUCCUGGGGUGAGGAUUAAAGGCAUGGAUGGUCGACGUAAGAGAGAAAUGGGGAGGAAACUGAAGGAGAUUUCAAAGUUGGAUGCAAGACACUGGGAGCAGAUAAAUGAACGAAGAAUUGCUCUUGAGGUGGUUCGCGAUUCAGUGGCUACUGAACUAAGAGUUAUUCGCCAGGAUAAGUAUGGCUGGGUGCUUCAUGCAGAGAGUGAGUGGCAGACUCAUUUACAACAACUUGUCCAUGAGCGAGGAAUCUUCCCAUUGACCAAGUCCUCUCAUAGUGAAGAACCUGAGUGGCAGCUUUGUCCCAUUGAAGGUCCAUAUAGGAUGCGGAAGAAGCUUGAGCGUUGCAAAUUAACAAUUGACACUAUCCAAAAUGUUCUGACUGGACAAUUUGAGUUAGGAAGACUAGAACUUUCAAAGGAGAGGACUGAGAAUGAAAAUAAUGCCUCUGAUGGUGAGUCUGAUAUUUUUUUCAAUCUCAUGAAUGACAAUCCUCAACAAGACUCUUUCAGUAGUGAACUUUAUGAUGGAUCAAUUUUCAAAGACUCGGAUGAUGUGAGAGAUGCAGCUUCUAGUAGAACUGGAUGGAACGAUGACCAUGAUAGUAGCAUUAAUGAAACAAGUCUCAGCUCUGCUCUUGAACUUGGACCCAAGUCCAGUAGUGCUUCCAUUCAAAAAGCCGAGAGUGUUCAACGGAAGUCGGAUCUGGGAUCUCCCAGGCAAUCUUCUUCUCUGAAAGCUGAUGAAACAAGAAUGGCGGAGGACAAACCGGAGAAGGAGCUGAGUGAUAAUGGUGAAUACUUGAUUAGACCCCAUUUGGAACCUUCUGAGAGAAUAAAGUACAAAUACAACUGCGAGAGAGUGGUUGGUCUUGAUAAACAUGAUGGCAUAUUUCUGAUUGGAGAACUAUCGUUGUACAUCAUUGAGAAUUUUUACAUUGAUGACUCUGGGCGCAUAUGUGAAAAAGAAUGUGAAGAUGAUCUAUCUAUCAUUGAUCAGGCUUUAGGUGUAAAAAAAGACUUCUCUUGUAGCAUGGACUCCCACUCAAAGUCAAGUUCAUCCUGGGUUGCAACAACAAAGGCCUAUGUUGGGGGACGGGCAUGGGCAUAUAAUGGUGGCGCAUGGGGAAAGGAAAAGGUUUGUACUAGUGGUAAUGUGCCCCAUCUUUGGCAUAUGUGGAAGCUUGACAGUGUUCAUGAGAUUUUAAAACGUGAUUAUCAACUUCGGCCUGUUGCCAUUGAGAUCUUUAGCAUGGAUGGCUGCAAUGAUCUUCUGGUUUUCCACAAAAAGGAGAGAGAAGAGGUUUUCAAGAAUUUGGUGGCCAUGAAUCUUCCCAGAAACUCCUUGUUGGACACGACAAUAUCAGGGUCUGUAAAACCAGAUAGCAAUGAAGGGAGCCGUCUUUUCAAGGUUAUGGCAAACUCAUUUUCUAAGAGAUGGCAAAAUGGUGAAAUUAGCAAUUUCCAGUACCUCAUGCACCUCAACACGCUCGCAGGGCGUGGUUAUAGUGACCUCACCCAGUAUCCUGUGUUCCCCUGGAUUUUAGCAGAUUAUGAGAGCGAGAAUCUGAACUUCUCAGAUCCCCAAACUUUCCGAAAGCUUGAUAAACCAAUGGGCUGUCAAACAGCGGAAGGUGAAGAGGAGUUCCGAAAAAGAUAUGAGAGCUGGGAUGAUCCUGAGGUUCCCAAAUUCCAUUAUGGUUCGCACUACUCUAGCGCUGGAAUUGUCCUAUUCUACCUCAUACGUCUUCCCCCUUUCAGCGUUGAAAAUCAGAAGCUGCAGGGUGGCCAAUUUGAUCAUGCUGAUCGUCUGUUCAAUAAUAUAAAGGACACAUGGCUGAGUGCUGCAGGGAAAGGCAAUACUUCAGAUGUUAAAGAAUUAAUUCCGGAGUUCUUUUAUAUACCAGAGUUCUUGGAGAAUAUGUUUAAUCUUGACCUGGGUGAGAAACAGUCAGGAGAGAAGGUUGGCGAUGUUGUAUUGCCUCCAUGGGCUAAAGGCAGUGUUAGAGAGUUUAUUAAAAAGCAUAGAGAAGCACUGGAGUCUGAUUAUGUUUCAGAGAAUCUGCAUCACUGGAUAGACCUAAUCUUUGGUUACAAACAGAGAGGGAAAGCAGCUGAGGAAGCAGUUAAUGUGUUCUAUCACUACACUUAUGAAGGCAGUGUUGACAUCGACUCAGUUAGUGAUCCAGCAAUGAAAGCUUCAAUUCUUGCUCAAAUUAAUCACUUUGGGCAAACACCAAAACAACUAUUCCUCAAACCCCAUGUCAAGAGGCGAACUAAUAGGAAGCUUCCUCCUCACCCUUUGAAGCACUCUCAGCAUCUUGUUCCGCAUGAGAUUCGUAAAACCUCGUCUUCUAUAUCUCAGAUUGUCACUUCCGGUGACAAAAUUCUUGUGGCAGGAGCAAAUACCUUGCUGAAGCCUAGAACAUUCACUAAAUAUGUUGCCUGGGGUUUUCCUGACCGCAGUUUGAGAUUUAUGAGCUAUGAUCAAGAUAGGCUUCUCUCCACUCAUGAGAAUCUUCAUGGAGGGAGCCAGAUACAGUGUGCCAGUGCUAGCCAUGAUGGACACAUUCUAGUUACAGGAGCUGACGAGGGAUUGGUCUGUGUUUGGAGGAUUGGUAAAGAGGCACCCCGUUCUGUAAGGCGCUUGCAGUUGGAGAAGGCACUCUGUGCUCAUACCGGCAAAAUCACAUGCCUACAAGUUAGCCAGCCAUACACGAUGAUUGUGAGUGGAUCGGAUGACUGCACCGUUAUCUUGUGGGACCUUAGCUCCAUGGUUUUUGUUAGGCAGCUUCCUGAGUUACCCGCUCCUGUUUCAGCAAUUUACGUGAAUGACCUGACGGGGGAAAUUAUUACUGCUGCCGGUGUAAUGCUUGCUGUUUGGAGCAUCAAUGGGGAGUGUCUUGCUGUCAUCAACACAUCACAACUUCCGUCUGACUUCAUCCUUUCACUUGCUGGUUGUACAUUCUCUGAUUGGCUGGAAACUAACUGGUAUAUCUCAGGCCACCAGAGUGGAGCCAUUAAAAUUUGGAAAAUGGUACAUUGCUCCAGCGAGGACAGUGCCCAAAGCAAAUCAAGUGGGAAUCCUACUGGAGGGUUAGGACUCAGGGAUAGAGUACCAGAGUAUAGGUUGAUUCUUCACAAGGUACUAAAGUUUCACAAGCAUCCUGUAACUGCCCUCCACCUUACUAGUGAUCUGAAACAGUUGUUGAGUGGAGAUUCUGGAGGACAUUUGCUUUCGUGGACAAUCUCUGAAGAGAGCUUGAAAGCCACGAUUAGUCGAGGGUGAUUGUGGGAUUAGCAUGGUGUGUUUUGUAUUCUAAAAAUAUACUUGGCUUCUUAGGGGCAAUUAAAGGACAGCCUCAACGGUUUCACUCCGCUCGGGGAGCAGCAUGGAUUCGUGAUAUUCCACGUCGCACAGUAACCACUGAUAAGAUUGCUGUCUUGGAACAGAUCCAAGGAAACAGAAGAUCUGUGUAUUCGGCACCUCCUGGAAGAUAUGAAGCAUAUGAUCUUUCGUGUGCAAGUGCCUAAUGGCUCCAGAGGUAGGACUCGGGAACAGGUUGGUUGCAUAUGUUGUCGGUCAUUGUAGAGGGAUUUUGGCUUUUGGGAUGGGAGAUUGGUCGGUCUCUUCAAGCUGUUGUACAUAGGACGGUAAUUGACUGUGUAUAAUGAGGUUGUAAAUGUGCAAGUUUUUGCCAGAAACAGCAUGUUGGCUGAAAUUUGGUCCAGCUAACUUUUAGGGGCAGAUGAGUGACAGAUGUAGCAGUUCGUUUUAGCUUCACUUCAUUUAAAUGAUUGCAAGGGGAAGUUGCAGGCUUGCUUUUGCUUUGUAAAAAAAAAAAAAUUCUCCCAAGUUAUUUAUAAAGAUUGUUUGGGGUCAUGUGCUCCUUGA